CAACUCUGCUUAAUCGUCUCCUUCUUCUACACCACCCAGAGAUCUUGACACUCAACACACGACGGCAGAAAUGGAGUCGUCUUGCUCGUCUCUGGACGCCGUGGCCUCCCUCCUGAGCAUCUUCGCCUCCCUCCUGACCAUUGGUGGCUUCGGCCUGAGGUUCCUGCACGAGAGAGGUCUUCACCCUCACGCUCAUGAUCUUGCUUCGGAACUACCUGGGCGGCGGGGAGUCGCCGGCGGCGGCGCCGGGCGAGCUGAGGGAGGCGGUGGAGAAGGCCAAGAUGACGCCGGCGGACAUGAGCGAGGUGAUGCUGAACCAGAACCGGUGGAACAAGGAGAGGGCGGUGGGGGAGCUGCUGGAGGUGCUGAAGGCGAGGGCGGAGAGGAACGAGAAGUACGGAGGAGGGCCGAGGGAGGAGUGCGAGCUGAAUGGGGUGGCGGUGGAGGAGGGGGAGGAGGAGAUGGUGAUUUUUGCCUCGUGAUUCUGCCAUUUGUGUUCUAUACGUCAUAAAGCAAGUGCUUUAAACCUUAAGAUCCACGUUAAAGCUCCGAAAGAAAGGAUCUCCAGUGUUGGUUAAGCAAAUAGCGUGAAAAAAAUUCUGGGAAGAAGAGGCAAAAUUUUGUGUACUAGUCAAUCUGUUAGAUUUCAAUGGAUGAAGCGCCAGUCGGCAAAUGGCGCGGAAGAGGUCUUGGGUGUCGGCUUGGCCACUUCUGGUAUCCCAAAUACUUGCCAGGACAUUAAUCUUUCAUCUCCUGCUGCAGAUGCCGCCGUGCAUCCAUUUGGUGACUGCUAAACAAGUACGUGGCAACGAGAAUCAGCAAAACAAUCAACUCAACAAGCAAACUUCAAAAAGUAUUUGCACCGAAUUGCGAAUGACUAUGAUAAGCAUACAAGUAGUACCUAUGCCAGGAACACAACUCUAGAUGUGUGUCCAGUUAGCUCCGCCAUCCUUUGCAUAGAUGGAUAUUUCCAAAGAAUAGCUGGUUCUGAGCAAUUCCCUCUUGCUCUUGCUCCACAGCGGCGCGCACACCGGAGAACUAGUGUCUGCCAAAUUCAGACAUGCGCCCGUGCACCUAUUCCAAAAUUUGAUGCACCAGUCACUCCCUCCUGAGACCAGUAAGUUGCCCUGAAACAGGCACCAAGCAAGGAGCUUU